GGCGCGGCAUGAGGGCGGCGGGGCGGCUGGAGGCUUGGGCGGGCGGCGCCCUUCUCCUCGCCUGGGCGACGUGCCUGGCCGUCGACCCACAGCAGCAGAAUUGCAGCAGGACUCAGUACGAGGCCCACGGGAAGUGCUGCAGCAGAUGCCCGCCAGGCAAGAAGGUGAGCGUGCCGUGCGCCGAGGGCUCGGACACUGUCUGUGCUCCCUGUCAGUCCGAGCGUUUCCAGGACGGCUGGACCCAACAGACGUUCUGCACCCCCCACCGAUACUGCGACCAGAAUGUCGGGUUGGUUGUGCAUAUCCACGGGGAUGCCACGCGGGACGUCGUGUGCCAGUGCCAGAGCGGCACCCACUGUUCUGGCCUCGAGUGCCACAGCUGCCGGGAGAACAAGGCCUGCGGUCCGGGCGAAGGGGUGGAAGAAGCAGCCACCAGCGAGAGGGACACCAUCUGCACCGACUGUCCCGCGGGCUUCUUCUCAAACGUUUCGUCUCCCACGGCCUCGUGCCAGCCUUGGAGCAGCUGUGAGGCCACGGGGCUGGUCCACAAAGCCGACGGGACACGCUUCUCGGACGCCAUUUGUGAAGAUGCCUCAAAGGUCCGCUCGGGGGUCUUGGUGCCGGUCGCUCUUGCUGCCGUGAUCCUGUCGUUGGGGUGCGUGGGGCUCCUUCUCUGGCAUCGUCGCCGGCGUCGCCAGGAUCUCCCGAAGUGGCAUCACAAUGCGGACCUGCUGGACCCCGAGAGGCGUGAGCCGGGUGAGAGUGACGACCCCUCCCCCACCCUGCCCAUCCAGGAGACCCGGCCCACCACCCAAGAAGACGACAAGGACAGCUGCGUGGCAGAACAGGAGAGGCUCUGAGCAGCGCCGGCUGCAGAGGACGUGCCCGAGACCCUCCCCGACCCCUUCCCCCCCCGCGCGCCCUUCCCUGCUGGCUUCGGCGCACACACACCCCGUCCCCACCGCGCCCCCCAGGGGCAGGGCCGCCUUCUCUCGUGCAGAGUCCUGCGUGCAUCAGAUCCGGGUUCCCCCCCAAGUGGAGGUAGGGCGCCCAGUUCGAGAGAGCGGGGGGGGUGGAGGGGGGCUGCCCCAGAUGUGUCUGACUAAGGAGUCGAGGCCGCCUCUUUACACUCGGCGUGCACCUGGUGAGAGGGGUUGCCGCCCUCCUCUCGGACCAAGGCAAGGAGGUGCGCGCACCCCCCAGGGGCCACGGGGGGGGGGUGCCGCCCACCGGGAAGGAUCCCGUGCCCUGCUCCUGGCCGGGGAGUCCCGGGUCUGAUUCCCCAGGUGGACAGGAUUGCCCCCCUCCCUCCAUCCUUCCUCUUGCCUGCCCAGCCCAGCCGUGCAGGCAGCUCUGAGGGCCAGUGUGGGGCGAGGGCUAGGGGGCCGGGGACGAGGGUCUGGGAGCCCCCGGUUCGAAUCCCCUCUCUGCCAUGGGAACUCCCCUUGGCCCAGCCACACACCCUCAGCCUAA